AUGGCUGCUAGUGAUUAUAUUCGUGUUGAUGAUAAUCUUGCAAUAGAAGAAGUUGUUUUGAAUGAAACUGCUAUUCUUCAAGAAAUUCUUCCUCAUUCUGAUUCCAAUAGUAGUGACGAUGAAAGCGAUGUUGAAAUUGAAAAAAUUUCACAUUCCAUUGCCUUGGAGCAAUGUAAAUCACUCAUACAAUAUAUAGCGACAAGAGCCA